CCCAACCAGAUCAUAACCGUUUGGUCCGUUGGGUUAUCUCGUUAUUCACUUCAGGCGAGCUGUCCUGCUCCGCACAGGCAAAGUCCAUCCCGCAGUCCCGGAGGUCAUUGGAUGGUUUUGUCCGCCAAUCCAGUAACCAUCAUUCGGCGCGAGUGGAACCCCGAAAUUACAAAAGCAAUUAAAAGGAAAUGGUUAAUUUCCUGGGAAUAGCUCGAGCUGCCCCCAUUCCUCUCUGGGAAAUCGCCAGAUGCUCCCGUCGAUUUCCCUGCACGGGGAACACUGGAAAAAUUUCAUUUUUAAUUUCCAGAAAUGUGUAUCCUAUGUUCAGGCAUGUCCCCAGAGCAUCUCUUUGCUCCAGUUCGGUAUGUUCUUCAACAAUUGCAGAGAGAUCAGGGGACCAAUCUGAAAUAAUAUUUUUGGGAACGGGGACAAGUGAAGGAGUUCCCCGAGUUAGCUGCCUCACCAAUCCCUUGAAGGCAUGCCAAGUGUGCUCAGAGGCUAUAGAACCUGACAACAAAAAUAGGAGACAUAACACAAGCAUUCUCAUUCGGCACCCUGGAUCAUCCGGAACAUCAAACAUUCUUAUAGAUGCUGGAAAGUUCUUCUACCAUAGUGCCUUGAGAUGGUUUCCCCUUUAUGGGAUACGAACAAUUGAUGCAGUUGUAAUAACUCAUUCUCAUGCUGAUGCAAUUGGAGGUCUGGAUGAUCUUCGUGAUUGGACUAACAAUAUCCAGCCCUUUGUACCUAUUUAUGUAGCAGAGCGCGACUUUGAGGUGAUGAAGAAAACUCACUAUUAUUUGGUGGACACUAGUGGUAUCACACCUGGUGCUGCUGUUUCAGAUCUGCAAUUUAACAUCAUAAAUGAGGACCCGUUUAUUGUCCACGAUCUCAAAAUUAUCCCUUUACCGGUGUGGCAUGGCAGUGGUUAUCGUUCAUUGGGCUUUCGUUUCGGCAAUAUCUGUUACAUAAGUGAUGUGAGUGAAAUUCCUGAAGAAACCUACUCUCUCCUAGAGGACUGUGAACUGCUUAUCCUGGAUGCAUUGAGGCCUGAUAGGUCUUCUGCCACCCAUUUUGGACUCCCAAGGGCUCUUGAGGAAGUACGGAAAAUCAAACCAAGGAGAACACUUUUCACUGGUAUGAUGCACCUGAUGGAUCAUGAGAAAGUAAACAAGGGUCUGCUACAACUCAAAGAGAGUGAAGGUCUUGAUGUUGAACUCAGUUAUGACGGUCUCCGUGUGCCAGUAAGGUUAUGCGGCCUUUCUCAAUCUUAAUUAAUUGGUCCUUUUUUCAACAAAAUAGACAAGCUGAAUUACAAUUUCUAUUCUUUCUGCGGCAGUCCUAAAGACAUUUUUGUUUUGUGAUUUGUGUUCAAACUAAGGGAAUAUUCUAUAUUGUACAAAAGGAGGAUGGUUGGCUGGCUGGCCUCUUAUGGUCAUUAUUAUAACAGGAAAAGAAGAAUGAACAUUUACAUAUCAG